AUGAAGAAUGCGUUCAUGUUGAUGGUUUGUGCAGAUUGUGGAGCCCAGCUUCUCAUUUCCUCUACUUACAUUGGAGAAUCCUCUAUAUUACACUGGGACGAAAUAGUCAAAUUUCAUAUGCUGCAUAAUCUCGAAAAAAUUCUUCCACUUAUUAUUUACUCUGAAGUGGAGCUCUCUCAAAAAUUACGGCUACGAAUUCCAAACGAUGACAUCAAUUAUAUAGAAGUAGUUUGUCCUCACUGUGGUGAAAAUAGCUUCGACAGCGUUGCGUCGUUAGAGUCACACUUUGGAACUCAUGAAGAGUCCAUGAAAAAACGAUGUCCUGAAUGCUCAAUGCAGUUCACUCAGGAGGCUUUCUUU